CUGUGGAAACCCCUCAUGCACACGCGCUGCUCUGCAUGGCACAGGAGACUGGCCCCUGCCGUCUGCCCUGCGCUGCCCAGUUCCAGCCCUUUGCAUGUAUUUUGUCUGACUGGCGCCUUUGCAUUCGUAGGGCUUGUGCUCGUGUGUCCCCUCCUGGAACUCCUCGGGCGAGUCGAAGCGGUGUUGCCCAGCCUCCCGGUUGGAGCCCAGCUGUACCAUGUUAUUCAGCUUCUGAAAGCAGGGAAAGCUAAAGAAGUCUCCUACAACGCCCUCGCCUCGCACAUCAUCUCUGAGGAUGGGGACAACCCCGAGGUCGGAGAAGCUCGGGAAGUCUUUGACCUGCCCGUGGUGAAGCCUUCCUGGGUGAUUCUGUCCGUCCAGUGUGGAGCGCUCCUGCCAGUCGAUGGCUUUUCUCCCGAGUCCUGCCAGAUCUUCUUUGGGGUCACCGCCUGCCUCUCUCAGGUGUCGUCCGAAGACAGAAGCGCCCUGUGGGCUUUGGUCACUUUCUAUGGGGGUGACUGCCAGCUGCACCUCAAUAAGAAAUGCACCCAUUUGAUUGUUCCGGAACCAAAGGGGGAGAAAUACGAAUGUGCUUUAAAGCGAGCAAGUAUUAAAAUCGUGACUCCUGACUGGGUCCUGGACUGCAUAUCUGAGAAAAGCAAAAAGGAUGAAGCAUUUUAUCACCCUCGUCUGAUUAUUUAUGAAGAGGAGGAAGAGGAGGAGGAGGAGGAGGAGGAGGCAGAGAACGAGGAGCAAGACUCUCCGAAUGAGGGCAGCUCGGACGAGAAGUCGAGCCCUGCCAGCUCUCCCGAGGCGUCCCCUCCCGGUGACCAGCCGUUUUCUCCCAAGUCGCACGCGGAGAAGUCUAAAGGGGAGCUGAUGUUUGACGAUUCUUCAGAUUCUUCGCCCGAGAAGCAGGAGAGGAACUUGAACUGGACCCCUGCCGAGGUACCCCAGUCGGCUGUGGCAAAGCGCAGGCUGCCUCCGGGGAAGGAGCCUGGGCUGAUCAACCUGUGUGCCAACGUGCCGCCUGUACCUGGCAGCAUUCUGCCCCCGGACGUCAGGGGUGGGCUGGUGGCUUCCGGGCAAAGCCUGCCGGGCCCCGAGCGGCCCGACAUGGUCGCCGCGUGGAGCCCGGCCGUGCGGACGUUGAGGAACAUCACGAACAAUGCCGACGUCCAGCAGAUGAGCCGGCCGGCCAGCGUCGCACACAUCUUGCAGUCCCUCUCAGCACCUACGAAACACCUGGACCAGCAGGUGAACCACAGCCAGCAAGGGCACGGCAACGCCGGCGCAGUGCUGUUCAGCCAGGCCAGGGGGGCCCCGGACCAGCAGCAAAUGCCGAGCCAGACAGCACCGCUGCCAAGCCCGGCGCCCCAGGCCCUGCAGCACCAGGGCCCCCCGCAGCAGCCCCUGCAACACCAGCUGUUCGGGCAUGAUCCGGCUGUGCAGAUUCCGGAAGAAGGCUUCUUACUGGGAUGUGUGUUUGCGAUUGCGGAUUAUCCAGAGCAGAUGUCCGAUAAACAGCUGCUGGCCACCUGGAAGAGGAUAAUCCAGGUGCACGGGGGUGCUGUGGAGCCCACACUCACGAGCCGCUGCACGCACCUCCUCUGUGAGAGCCAAGUGAGCAGCACGUACGCACAGGCGAUCAGAGAGAGAAAGCGGUGUGUCACCGCACACUGGCUGAACACCGUCCUGAAGAAGAAGAAGAUGGGGCCGCCCCACCGGGCCCUGCACUUCCCGGUGGCCUUCCCCCCUGGGGGCAAGCCGUGUGCGCAACACAUUAUUUCUGUCACUGGAUUUGUCGACAGUGACAGAGACGACCUGAAGCUGAUGGCCUACCUGGCAGGCGCCAAGUACACAGGCUACCUGUGCCGCAGCAACACGGUGCUCAUCUGCAGAGAGCCGACUGGCUUAAAAUAUGAAAAGGCCAAGGAGUGGCGGAUCCCCUGUGUGAACGCCCAGUGGCUCGGUGACAUUCUUCUGGGGAACUUCGAGGCGCUGAGGCACAUCCAGUACAGCCGCUACACGGCCUUCACCCUACAGGACCCAUUCGCCCCUACUCAGCACCUGGUCCUCAACCUCCUAGAUGCUUGGCGAGUCCCACUGAAGGUGUCUGCGGAGCAGCUGAUGGGGGGAAGGCCGCCUCCCGCGCUGAAGCCAGGCGACGUGACCGCCGUGCAGCCCUCCAAGAGAGCCAGGAUUGAAGAUAUACCACCUCCCACUAAAAAGUUAACACCCGAGUUGACCCCUUUCGUGCUGUUCACUGGAUUUGAGCCUGCCCAGGUUCAGCAGUACAUCAAGAAGCUCUACAUCCUCGGAGGCGAGGUUGCCGAGUCUGCCCAGAAGUGCACACACCUCAUCGCCAGCAAGGUGACGCGCACCGUCAAGUUCCUGACGGCCAUCUCUGUCGUGAAGCACAUAGUGACGCCGGAGUGGCUGGAGGAGUGCUUCAAGUGUCAGAAGUUCAUCGAUGAGCAGAACUACACCCUCCGGGACGCCGAGGCGGAAGUGCUUUUCUCGUUCAGUUUGGAGGAGUCCUUGAAACGGGCGCACGUUUCUCCACUCUUCAAGGCAAAAUACUUUUACAUCACGCCUGGGAUCUGUCCGAGCCUUUCGACCAUGAAGGCGAUCGUGGAGUGCGCCGGGGGGAAAGUGCUGGCCAAGCAGCCGUCCUUCCGCAAGCUCCUGGAGCACAGGCAGAGCAAGAGCUUGUCGGAGAUCAUUUUAAUAUCCUGUGAGAACGACCUUCAUCUGUGUCGAGAGUAUUUUGCCAGAGGCAUAGAUGUCCACAACGCGGAGUUCGUCCUCACUGGAGUGCUGACACAGACCCUGGACUAUGAAUCAUAUCCUUUUGGGAAUAGCGGCGGUGGACGGGCGAGCGCAGAAAGCGAGUCCCGAGCGGCCCGCAGAGCUCCUCCUGCCGCUGCAGACCUGCUCGCUCUCUUUGCGCUCGUGACCCACACCUGACGGUUCUUCCCCUUAGAACAUUCAGCCGCGUUCCAAGGACGAGCGUGCUCAGGGAGUUCAUGUCAGCAGGCCAUGGUGGGCGCUGCACCAAGGUCUGUGCAGUCCAGGGUGGGAGCCUGACUCCGCGUGCUGGUACGGUGGGUGUGAGAGUGGAGGCCGAGCUUUACGGGGACGCCGUGUAGCACGGAGGCCUCCCAUGUCCCCCGCUCAGGGAAAAGCCAUGCAGCUCUCUGCAGUCACUCGUCCCGACUCGGAGCCUCCGCAUCCGUCACUGGGAAGCCCAUCAGUGAAGCAGAACCGGCUCCGCAGAGCCCUCGGGGACACACGGGUUUCCAGCCCCAUGUCCGGUAAAGAGGGGCCGGGCCUUCUCCUCAGGCUGGGGCAGCCUGGGAGCUCUGGCCAUAGCAUCUGUCACUCCAAGUGCUGCCCCCUUGGCCAGGUCACUCUGCACGCGAGGGACUCUGUGCUUGGGCCGGGCGUGGAGAGUCCGUCGGGGAGGUCAGGAUGGCCCCUGGCUCUGGUGAGGGCUUUUUCUUCUCCAGCCUGCCUUUCCAAUCAGCUCCUUUAUCAGGUAGUCUCCUCUUAGCUUUACCCAGCUUGUGGUCUGUAGUGUUGGCAGCCGGCCUCGGUCACGUGGGGAGAAAGCACUUCUGAGAGCGGGUGUCUAGUUGGCUGUAACGACCUGGCUGGAAUGCAGCCUGGUGCAGAGACCUUCCCGGUCAGCACCCGUCUCCAGCUGUUCGCAGGUCGCUGUAGGAGUUACUGAUGGGAAUGUACAUGUUGCUGUGAGCAUUGCUUUUUUUUUUGGUGUGUGCCUAAAGGUGUGUGCACUUGCCAGAGAAAGAUUGGGAUCGAAAGAGAGCAAGAAAGCAUGCCCAUGAUGGCCACACCUCAGUCCCUUCUC